UCGGAAUAACCAUUGAAAAAUAAACUGCGUUACUACUUCUUUGUUUAUAACAUUUUAAGUCAAAAAUGAAGUGUUUACUAAUCAAUCUAAUUGUUUUUGUAGUUGUUGUUAAUUCAGAUACAAGAAAAACAUUGUUUUUGCCAAAAUUGCCGGUUGGAAAUUACCGACUAAAUUUCUUAGCAAUGACGCGUUGCGAUUCUGUGAAGUCGAAUAACAAAAUUCAAUUUAAUUUUUACCUAAGCAAAAAAUCAGUAAAUACUACAGAAAUCAAAGGAAAUAUUUCGACAUCGAUAAAGGUUGAUGAUUCAAUCAAUUUCGAAUUCGAUUUCGCGGUGAAAGAUUCCAUUGGAGGUUGGAAAGAGAAUGCUUUUUUUUAUAAGCUUCCCAAAGCAUGCUUGGCACUCAAAAUGUUCUUUGGAAAUGCUUGGACUCCAAUCAUGGACGGUGUAGGAAUCUACAACGCCACUUGUCCUAUUAAAGAGGGUUUUUAUAAAGGGCCUGGCUUCGAUACUGCUCUUUUUAUGUCAAGCAAUUUUCCCAAGACAUUUUUUUACGGAACAUACAGAUUUCGUGCUCAUUUUACCAAAAAUCAAGAAGAAAAUGGUUGUUUUGGUGCAGUUUUAGAGGUGAAGCGGCCUUGGGAAACUGAUUAAACAUUAAAUUACAGUAAAACUAUGAUAGUAUAAUUCAUAUCCAAUAAAAUUACAAAAAAACAAAAAAUUAUUAGCUACACGAUU